AUCUGGUCGUUGACGAGUCAAGCCACCCCAUAUGCCGCAACCUCCACCCGCAGCUUGGCGCCCCAGGUGUUGCAUUCCACAACAUCGCGUAGUCCUAGUUCGGGUGUUAAGCUCUACGCGCCACACGUACAGUCAGCGUUGUCACUUCUUACCCGCCUUGUAGUCCAGCUCCAGAUCACCACGUGCCGGCAUCUGAGUCCCCCGGGCCUGUGCAGCAACCAACACAGACCAUGGGCUCCGCAGUCAGAGAACAGACGACAUUCACGCUGGUCUUCAGCGUGCUUGUCUUCUUGCAGGGUGCUAUUCUGUUUGGCAUAGAUACAGGUUCAUUUGGCUCGCUGCAGGCUCUCCCGUCGUUUGUGCAUCGGUUUGGCGUCGCGAGAAAUGGAAAGCAUAUUCUCCCCGCCACACGCAAAGCGUUGAUGAACUCGCUGCCGUGGAUCGGAAAAAUUACUGGUUGCUUCGCGGCGGAACCGGCAAUUGAAAGACUGGGAUUCAAAAAGACCAUGUAUCUCGCUGCUGUGGUCCAGAUUAUAGCCAUUAUCAUUGAGCUCACGUCUCAUGCCUGGUCCCAAUUCACCGUCGGUCGCAUCAUUGCGUACAGCGCAGUCGGCCUAGUCGAAAACGCCGUGCCAGCAUACAGCGCCGAGAUCUCGCCAGCAGCGACGCGAGGCCUCUUCGCAGGCUCCAUCAUGUUCGUCACGGGACUUGGGAAUCUCUGGGGCGCAGGCAUGUCGCGGGCGUACGCGACCGAGUCUUCUGCAAAAGGCUGGAUGAUCCCCACCUCGAUGCAGCUGAUCCCCGCCGUACUCAUGCUGCUCCUCGUGCCGUUUACCCCGGAGUCUCCGCGCUGGCUCCUGCUCAAAGGCGACACGGAAAAAGCAUCCAAGAACCUCAAUCAACUCCGUCCAAAAGCCCAUGUCGCGAGCGGAGCCACACAGGCGGAAAUCGAUGCCUUUGUCUAUGCCAUCGAGGAAUCUCAUGCCCAGGACCAGGGCCGGUGGCUCGAUCUCUUCCGUGGAAACUACCUUCGACGCACAUGGAUCUGCUCGACGCUCUUCAUCCUCGAACAAACAAACGGCAACCAAUUCGUGCAGUCCUACGCCGCAACCUUCUACGUGCAGCGCGGGCUCGGCGCAAACUCCUUCACAUACACGAUCCUGGGCCAAGUCGUCGGCAUCAUCGGGUGCGGCGUGGGUCUCGCUCUCGUCGACACCACGGGCCGGCGUCCGCUCAUGCUCGGCGGCAGCAUCCUGUGCACCCUGUUCCUGUACCUGGCCGCCGGCCUCGGCAUGCAGGAUACCAAAUCGCUUGGCCAGACGACUAGCAAUACUAUCCUUGCGUGUUUUAUUCUACUCCCGGCUUUCACGCGCAUUUCGGCGAGUACAAAUGCGUUUUUAACGGGCGCCGAGAUUGGGGGCGUGAGAAUGAGGAAAAAGACUAUGGCCUUCGGCACCGCCUGCGACGUCGCCGCCGCCUUCCUCGUCACCUUCGUAACGCCGUACCUGCUUCCCUCCAUGGGCGUCAACAUCGGCUGGAUCUUUGGCUCCGUCGCCGCCUUCUCCGUCGUCUGGUCGUAUUUGUUUUUCCCGGAGCUCAAGGGCCGCUCGCUCGAGGAGGUGGAUGAGCUGUUUGAAGCCCGUUUGGACGCUAGGAAGUUUGCGGCGUACAAGAGUACCGGCGUGCGCCGUCUUGUGGCGCGUUUGGAGGCCGCGGAGAAGGAGCGUGCGGAGAAAGGGGCUGCGUGAGGUGCUGUGGGAUGUGCUGAUGCCAUGUGCGACGGCGCAGAAAAGCGGGAUUUCGUGGUGUAGCGAGGGAGCGAUGGGACGUGGAGAUUCUACAUCAAGGAAAUGGUUGUGCAAAGUGAGAAAUUGAAAUACAGUUUUUCCCGGGCCUUUUCUUUUUCUUUUUCUUAGUUGUAGAUAGUGGACUGAGACGUACUCAGUCGGGUAAGUCAAUGCUUGUGGGACUGAUUUGUUGCAGGUAC